CCCGAGUUUCCAUUGCGACCGAGUCUGAUGGUCGCGUUGCAAGCCUUCGAUAGCACCGAUCAAGCACGUACAAAGGUAGCAGAAUGGCCAAGCGUACGGCGGAAGAGGAAGUUGCUGCGGGGCCGCUCAAGGCCGGCGAGCGCCCCGACGCCAUGGACGUCGACGACAAGAACAACGACAUGGGAGAGUUCGAGGACGAAUUCGAGGAUGAAUUCGAGAGUGAGGACGAGAUUAUCGAGGCUGGCGUCGACGGAAGGCCAGAUGCAGAACGGGAAGCCGAAGAGGCAAUGGACGUCGACGCCGCCGCACCCGGCACCUUCAUCGUCGGCAGGACGAAGCUCGAACCAGGCCAAACCCUGUCCCCCGACCCGACAACAUACCGGAUGCUGCACAAUCUGAGCACCCCAUGGCCAUGUCUCUCCUUCGAUAUUAUCCGCGACGGCCUAGGCGACAACCGCAGCGUCUACCCUGCGACCAUGUACACGGUUGCUGGCACGCAAGCAGACAGCGCAAAGGCCAACGACAACUCCAUCAUGGUCAUGAAGUUCAGCGGCCUCAGCAAGAUGCAGGGCGGUGACGGCGAGGAAUCGAGUGACGAUGAGGACGACGACGAAGAUGCCGACCCCAUCCUAGAACACAAGAGCAUUCCGCUCAACACCACCACCAACCGGAUACGAGCGCACCAGACGCCCUCCCAAGACCCCUCCAAACCCCCCGUCACUCUCACCGCGACCAUGACGGAGUCCACAAACGUCUUCAUCCACGACAUCACCCCUCACCUGGCCUCUUUCGAUACCCCGGGUACCGUCAUCACACCGCAACAAAACAAGCCCCUGUGCACCAUCCGCGCGCACAAGUCCGAGGGCUACGCGGUCGACUGGUCGCCGCUGCACCCAGCCGGCAAGCUACUGACGGGCGACAACGACGGUCUGAUCUACGUCACAACACGGACCGACGGCGGCGGCUUCGUGACCGACACGCGCGCCUUCCAGGGCCACACGUCCAGCGUGGAAGAGAUUCAGUGGAGCCCGUCGGAGGCGUCCGUGUUCGCCUCGGCCUCCAGCGACGGCACCAUCCGGGUGUGGGACGUGCGGAGCAAGGCGCGCAAGCCGGCGCUCACGAUGCAGGUGAGCGAUGUGGACGUCAAUGUCAUGUCGUGGUCGCGGCAGACGACGCACCUGCUGGCGUCGGGCGACGACGCGGGCGUGUGGGCGGUCUGGGAUCUGCGGCAGUGGAAGCCCAGCGCAGGAGUGAAUGCGGCGGCGGCUGCGGCGCAGAGGCCGAGCCCCAUUGCGAGCUUCAACUUCCACAAGGAACAGAUCACCAGCGUGGAGUGGCACCCGACGGACGACAGUAUCGUGGCGGUGUCGGCGGGCGAUAACACGGUGACGCUGUGGGACUUGGCGGUUGAGCUGGAUGACGAGGAGAGCAAGGAUACGGCGGGCGUGCAGGAUGUGCCGCCGCAGCUGUUGUUUGUGCAUUACCAGAACCUGGCCAAGGAGCUGCAUUGGCAUCCGCAAAUACCGGGCACAUUGGUCGCUACGGGCGAGGAGUUUAGUGUGUUCCGGACGAUCAGCGUGUAGCAGCUGUCGAAUGAGGUAAAAGAUAGAGGUUGGAUACAAAUGUCCACCAAGAUAUUGCCCAUCACCGCCUGGGCGCCUUCCAACAGCUGAGAUUUGUGCCUCCGAACACUGAUAUACAGGUCUUCAAGAGACCGACCUAGUAAGUACCCUGAUCGGGGUGCAUCAACUGCCG